AUGUUUGGCACUGCUUUGUGCCCUGAUAAUAUUUGGCAAGCUUAUUCAUGGUGUUAUACGUUCUUCCCUGGAGGGAAAAAGUUUUAUACGGCAGGGAUUGCUGCUAUGUGCUGGGCGAUCUGGUCGUGUCGUAACAGGGUUACUUUUGAGUUCAAACCGCUUACAAACCCAUUUGAAUGUACAUUCUCUGCCUGUGCUUUAAUUUGCUACUGGGCAGGAAUGAUGAAGCAAGAGGAUGCAGUUGCCAUGAGGGACGGGGCGAAGAUGCUGAAGGAGAAUGCAUCGAUGAUGAUGAGGAUCUGUGCUGCAAACCACGAAGAGGCGUCCCGUUGA